GAAGUAGUCCAAUUUCCGCCCCACAGCCGUCCGCAACGUCUACCAAAGGACGCAUUUAAUGGGACUCAAAUCUUCAUUUUCAACUCUUACGUGACUGUCACGUUCCAGCUUGGACUCCGCAAGCCGCCCAUAGUAAUUGUAUUACAUGACUGAGAAUUUUGUACAAACGGCAAGCUAGUGCGCUUGAGUAGUGUCCCACCAAAGAUAACCAACGACAGAAAGAUGGAUGUGCACUUUCCCACUAGUAGUAUCUUGUCCAUUGUCCUUCAAGCGCUCUUGUUGUCGUAUUCAUAUGGUUCGUUGGAGCCCUACGACCUUUUAUACAAUAAUGCCGUCGACGCCUUUUACAGAAGUGACUAUAAAGAUGUAGUGCGAUACAUGGAGGGAGCGCUCAGCAGCUACGCAGAGGUCCGCCAGACUAAAGUCCGAUGUCGACUGAGGUGCCAGGACCAGCACCCGUUUGACUCUGUUUCCAUGGACCUGCAGUUCUUUGACGUGGUUCUCCGAAGAUCAAAGUGUCAAAACGAGUGCAUCGAAGAGAAGGUUGGAACGCAGUCCAUGCACAAAGUCAGCGAGGAUGUCAACCAGGAUUUCCAGAGACGAAUCCCGUACAAUUAUCUUCAGUUGGCGUAUCAGAAGCUGAAGCAGUUGGACAAGGCAGCAGCGGCGGCACACACCUAUUUCCAGGCCAACCCAGAGCAUGUGGAAAUGGAUCAGAACUUAGAGCAGUACAAGGCUCUGGAGGGAUCCGACCAGGACCACUUUGUGGACAGAGAGGCCCGGCCUCAUCAGAGGUCCUUCUCAGCCGGGGUGAAGCUGUAUGACAGUGCAGACUACAAGGGGGCCAUCGCCCUGUUCGAGGAGGCCCUCCAGGAGUACUACAGGGCCGACGUGGAGUGUCGGGCCCUCUGCCAGGGGCCCCAGAGGUUCGAGGAGCAGGACCAUGUCCUCUACCGCUACAGCCUAUACGAACUGGUCUCAGACCACUUCACCCAGGCGCUGCACUGUGAACACGAGUGUGUGAGGGACCUGUCGACUCGGCCCGGCCGCCUGUCUCCCAUGGAGAACUACCUGCCUCUACACUACGACUACCUGCAGUUUGCCUACUUCCAGAUGAACAUGGUGGAGGAGGCGAUGGAGUGUGCCAAGUCCUACCUGCUGUUCCACGAGGGGGAGGAGUUUAUGACGGAGAACGUGGAGUACUACAGAGAGGCCGUGGGCCACGACGUCAAGCCCCGGGAGACGGCCGAGUGGUACCUGAGACGCCAUAAGCAGGAGCUGGAGCUACUAGUGAUUGGCAGUGAGAACAUGCAUGUGGAAUUUACAGAGGGGCAUUACUGGACCAGCACAGGUGGAAGAGAGGAUUCGAACAGGAUCCCCUCUGGUACCGAUGGAUGGAUGGAGUAUGUACCCAUCUCAGAGAAGAAGAACUUCACUCUGGCCCCACCACAGGAGCUCAGAGAAGGAGGGCCCUUGGUGUAUGACAGUGUGCAGCUGGUCCAGAACUCAAAGGCCCUGAACGGAACUCAGAGGGUUCUUCUGGAUGAUGUCAUAUCUGUGGACGAGUGUGCCGAGCUCACAAACCUGGCCCAUACUGUCACUAUGGCAGGAGACGGAUACCGAGGGAAGAUGUCUCCUCACACUCCCAACGAGAGGUUUGAGGGAGCCACUGUGCUGAAAACACUGCAGUACGGGUACGAGGGCCGUGUCCCAUUGAGGAGCGCUCGUCUGUUCUAUGAUGCCAGUGAGAGGGCCAGACGCAUCAUCGAGUCCUACUUCCUGCUCAACUCGACGCUCCACUUCUCCUACACACACCUGGUGUGCCGGACCGCAAUCACAGGGCAACAGGACCAUAGAAAUGACCUAAGCCAUCCCAUCCACGCUGACAACUGUCUGUUAGACCCAGAGGCCAACGAGUGCUGGAAAGAACCACCAGCCUACACCUACAGAGACUACAGUGCUCUGCUGUACCUGAAUGGAGACUUUGAGGGAGGAGAGUUCAUCUUCACAGAAAUGGACGCCAAAACAGUCACAGCACAGGUGAAGCCAAAGUGUGGUCGUAUGGUGGGGUUCUCGUCUGGCGGGGAGAACCCUCAUGGAGUGAGGGCCGUCACCAGGGGGCAGAGGUGUGCCGUGGCCCUGUGGUUCACCCUGGACCCCCUCUUCAGAGAACUGGAGCGCCUGCAGGCAGAUGAGGUGAUGCAGGCGUUGGACAACCAGAGCAGCCAAUCACAGUGGGACACAAGCCUCAACAUCAACCCCAAAGACGAGCUGUAGUAGUCCGCCGGCCCCCAGCCCAGCACCCCCCAAAUCUUUAUAUCUAUCUAUUUAUUUAAUGAAGUUUGGAUCAGAACAAUUUUAUUUUUGUACUGUUUGAAGUGCAAGGUUAUAUAGUUGUUUGUGUUGCCGUCGUGGCUUUUAGUCUGUUGUGAUUUUUUUCUCCUUCUGUACAUACCAGUACUUGAGUUCGCGUUUGGGUCUUUGUUUUUCUUUCCAUUGACUCGCUCUCUCACUCUCUCUCUUUCUCUCUCUCUCUCUCUGUUGGGGUGAAACCCAGUCAUUGUGCCUCACACUUUAUAAGGUCCAGUUGACUUUGUGAUGACUUUAUAAGGUCCAGUUGACUUUGUGAUGACUUAAAAUGCUCAGUUCCCUUUGUGAUGACUUUGCGUAGUGUGCGGUUGUGCGCGCGCACAAGGUUGUUACAACACAGACCUGUCAUACGUAUGAACAGUUCUUACUGCACUGUGAUCAAGCGAAAGAGAAGAACAGCAGUCGACAUUGUCAUUCUCUUGUUAUAGAAAAGACAAUGGGCUGUUUAUAACGUUUCAAACAUGAACUCAUAAAACAAAUCGGUCCUUCGGUCGGUGUAAACACAGUCGAUAUGUUUCAUCUACUUAUUCACUGAAACAUUGGCUGGAGUAUAUGCAUUCACCGAGAGAAAGAGGUCAGGCAUUUCUUAACAAACAGGGAGCUGUAAAAUCCCUUUUGGUGACUGACAACAAUGACUGAACUGAUCUUUCAUUAUUUUCCCGUGCACUUUCUUCUCGUUUGUGGUGUGGUGAAGAGACACUGUCUUCGUGACUCACAUCCCUCCCGAGCUCUGGUCCAUGGCGUUAGCAAGCCUUACUAACACCUUGGACCAGAGCUAAUCCCUCCCGUCAAUUGCAAUCAAACGGCGAGCAAGAUAACUGUUUACAAGUUAGCUGACACACGGGCAUGGAGUGUGUUUUUGUUGUUGUGUGUUUUACGUGUCUGUUUUUAAAGAUAGACAGCUGCUAUUGCAAUUGUCGACAUUUGAUAUUAGAAGCUUUUUAAUAAAAGAUGUCAUUUAUUCCUGUUUAAAGGAAUUCCUAUUUUAAGGUGGCUUAUAGGUGUCCUGUCCUUUCGACACUUCCUCAUUUCCUGGGUCAAAAUAGACAGACAGGCACACACACUGUUAAAAUUCUAUGGAAAGAAUGUGCCUUGUGUACUAUGAUAUUUCAAUGAUUACAACUGCUAACUAUACGUAAUUUAUGCAUUUUAAGUUAGAUUAGGGGUUUUAUCUUUUGAUAGGGAGGAUGGCCACUCACUAUUAUUUAAAUAUAAAUUGCUGUAGCACAAACAAAUUGUUGUAUCCAUCUCUUUUGUUGUUAAUGUGUACUUAUAAAUUAAAAAGACAAUAUUUCAAUCAAUAA